AUGUUGGGAGUUACAUGGAGGGAGAUCGAGCUCGAAGACCUUCAGAAGCUCUGCAGCUACGCUACGGCGUAUGGACGAUGCCCCUACGGCAAGGUCACGCUCAUCAAGGGCGGCGUCAGAUACCCAAGCGCCUUCUGCAAGGUACACUGCUGCAUAAAGAUUGACCAGGCUGCUUGUCAGGACAUGAGAACCAGCAGUAAUGGGUUCUGUCGAAGACAUCUUCAAUGCACUGGUCAAUUAAACGGCCAGCAAUCUCCCUAUUACGUCAAACGAUACGAACCCAGAGAAUACGCGUUCUGUUCCCAGUAUCAUAAUUGCAACCACACCGAUUGCAGAAACGAACGAUCCUAUACCGGCGAUGCAGACCUAAAGUACUGCAGCGAGCACCGCUGUUCCAUCGCCGGAUGCACCCACCCCAGGGAAGGUCCCGGUCUAUUCUGCGAGGGCCACACGUGCGAAGCCCCUAACUGCCUGGCCCCGGUGCCGGGGGGAGGGGACCCAGGCCAGCCAACGAGAUAUUGCGAGCGGCAUUGCAUAUGCCAGGAAAGCCAUUGCCAGAGGUUCGCCCAUGUCCGGGCGAGCGGCUCGUUGUCCUUGCACUGCGGGGCGCACUACUGCCACUGGGAAGGCUGCGACAAAGCACGCGAGUCCGAGGCGGGUUCCGGUGCCGAACACUGCAAGGAGCACACGUGUAUCGAACCGGGAUGUGCCAAGGGGAAGACCAAGGCGGAUGGGUACUUUUGCAAGAACCACGAGUGCGAAACCAAGGAGUGUCGGUUCCGGCGCUGGCUCGGUGAUUUCUGUCCGGCUCACCAAUGUGGGAAGCCCGGCUGUGACAAAGAGGCUACGACGAACCAUUACUGCGAGCUUCAUCUGACGUGUAGCUUGGUCGGAUGUAAUCGGUUUCGGAUGGUCGUCGGGGGAACCGUGUUGGACCGGUGCGAGGAGCGUGAGUUACCGGCGUAUUCCUCUCCCACAUCUGUUCGCGAUGCGGAGUGCCGGAGUGCGAAGCCCGAGCGGUUAACGAUAAGGACUUUUGCGUCAGCCACAUCUGCGAAUUUCAGGAUUGCAGCAGUGCGAGGUCGAUAUUCGGAGCUCUCUGCGAUAUGCAUAAGUGCAGCGUCUUGA